UGCAUCCCGCCCUCAUCUGCCCCACAACCUCGCCUAUCAAAAGCUGCUAAACCGCAGUCUUCCGGGUCGCUGAAGAACGUCGCACCUCGCUCCUCUGCGCGCGCUAGUCAGCAGCCGAGGAGCAAUGGUGCUCGGAGCGUGCGGAGACGCCGGUGUUUCGGGAAUCUCGGAGGAGCAGAUGAAAUGCCGGGGAACAUGAGCAAAGAGGAUGCCCCGAGCCGGAGCGCUUCUUUGACGUUCACCAUUGACAACAUCCUCAACCUGAAGCAGCGGGACAGCGGACACCUGGACGGGUCAAAGCCGCAGAGGGACAGUGGAUGUACGGAUGAUUUACAGGCGCAGUAUGAUGAGGAGUGGGACGUCCGGAGGAGACAUGGCAGCGGAUCAGACGAGACAGCGCAAACGAAGCCCACAGUGCACCGUGCGGACCGCGGGGAAAACUGCCCGCCGUUGACCGCUGGCUCCUGUCCCGGGGCGCAGAGUGCGCACACCGCCGAGGACGCCUCCGAGCAUCAGCAGCAGCAGCCCACCGCGGACUCUAAAGUCAUGGUCAAGAAGAAAACGCGCACCAUCUUCUCCAAGAGACAGAUAUUCCAGCUGGAGGCGACUUUUGACAUGAAGAGGUAUCUGAGCAGCUCGGAGAGAGCGUGCCUCGCCAGCUCCCUGCAGCUCACCGAGACCCAGGUCAAAAUCUGGUUCCAGAAUCGCCGCAACAAGCUCAAGAGACAGUUAUCCACGGACAUGGAGGGCCCGCUGGCCGCCGAGCACCUCUCGGAGGCGGGCAAAAAUGUGCAAUUACCGACUUUUUACAAAGACAGCAGCCUGCUGGGCGGAUGUUUGUUACCCAUGCCUUUCCCUGUCCUGUACCCGACUGCCACCGCUGCGCCUUACAUCUACUUCUCCAACACCGGCAAAUAUGUUGGCCUGUUUGAUGCAGACUGAGGAUUUGCUCUGAUCAGAUGACCGUGUGUGGACAGUCGGACAUACAGUCUCCCUUGUUUGGGCUUUAGGCCUGUCACUUUUUUUUUGGACUUCAUAAAAAUCUCCCAAUUUAUAUAUCAACUAAUCCAAGACAUGCAUGUGCCACUUUUUGUACUUUCCCAGUUUUUAUUAUUAUUAUUAUUAUUUUUAUUAUUAUUAUUAUUAUUAUUAUUAUUAUUAUUAUUAUUAUUAUUAUUAUUAUUAUUAUUAUAUUUUCCAAUGCUUAAGACCUUUUGGAUAGGACGUUUAUCGUCAGAAAAAUUGUGUAUGCUAUGCAUUAAAGUUCCUCUGAGCAGUUUUAUUUCGCGCAGUAAUGUCAUCUGAAUGAAUGUACGUUAAUGCUGCAUCAACGUUUUUACUUCGUAAUAACAAUUCUCUUUUUUCCCCAACUCGUCUUAAACUUUUUAAUUAGUUUCUGUGGUGCAACACUCCAUUUGUAUUUAUAUGGCCUUAUUAUUAAUAAAACUCGUUUGUUUUCAAUGACCUUUCAUAUGACAGACUGUUAACUGUGAACAGUUAGUAGACUAUAUCACGACUAAGAUGAAUUUUGCAAUAAAAAGUAUAAUAUUUGCAAUUUUA